UUUUUUUUUCUUUAUUAUUAUUAUUAUCAUUAGAAACAUCAACCUACAUGAGUGCUUCUUCAUUAUUAGAGGCUCUAAAAAGACACGAAUUAGAAGAUUAUUAUCCAGUGUAAUAGAAGACGCUACUUUUCAUAUCAUGAUACUCACAUUUAUCUAGUUUAUUUAGAGAAGGCAUCAUCAACUUGAACAGUAUAGCCAAGAUUUCAGAACAAGAUUAUCCUCGAUUAGGUGUUCGGACAGGCGAAGACAAACAACGAUUUAAAGCCUUGACAACCCAUCUCAAACAAGCGCAAAAGACACCCAUGGCGACAAAACCAAAGACACCUGUUCGAUCGAAUCAUGAUCUGAUUCCUACUCGAAAGCGUUAUUCACCACCUACUGUCUCACCUGAAAGAAAGGCACGACGCAUGACCAUAGCACCGCAAGCACCCAUGCGUACACCUCCAUCACCAGCACAUACAAACAACAAGAUGUCGUCGCGUGAUCGAAGAUUAUCUUAUUUACCCCCACCUUUGACAUCACGACGAGAAUCAAUGUACCUGUAUAAAUCACCUGUACGUCCUAUUCGAUCUCCCAUCAAAAACAGCGUCCCAUCAGCGCGCACUAGCCUAAUGAAGCCAGCAAGUCCUGUACUUAAAAAACCAACACGACCCAAAUCUGUCUUGACUGAAGAACAAGAGCCACUCAAGGCACCGGUGAUGGAACGACCUUCUACUCGACUACUGGAUGCCUAUGGUAUUCCCAUCACACAGCGACCUAAAUCGACCAUGGAAGUACCACUACCACCACCGACAAUACAACAAGGAUCCUUUGAAGAAUUUAUGGCAUCGAAAAAACAGACCAUGGUUGUCCAUCGCAACACUACGGUCCAUUCCGAGCUACAACAACGUAUUCGUGUCUGUGUUCGAAAACGACCUUUAAACAAUCGAGAAUUAGCAGGACAAGAAGACAUUGCACCUCUGGUAGGCACACGCACCAUUCAAGUUAACGCACCCAAACAACGCAUUGAUCUGACACGAUACACUGAAAAACAUACAUUUACAUUUGAUGAAGCGUUUGAUGUCCAUACCUCAAAUCAACAAAUCUAUGCCCGAACAGCCAAACCUUUGGUGGAAUAUGUGUUUACAGGCGGUAAGGCUACUUGUUUUGCUCAUGGUCAAACAGGGUCUGGAAAGACCUACACCAUGUUGGAUCCCACCCAUGGUCUCUAUGUCUUGGCUGCUCAAGAUAUCUUUCGAUUACUGUCCAAUCAGUAUACUCAUUUAGAGGCAAGUGUCGGGUUUUAUGAAAUCUAUCAAGGCCAAUUGUAUGACUUGUUAAACAACAAGCAACGAUUGACUGCCCGUGAAGAUGGAAAUGGGAAUGUGGUCAUUGCCGGUCUUCGUGAACAACCUAUUCAGAGUGUACAAGACUUGAAGUCUGUGUUUGAAUACGGCAAUGCAGGAAGAACAACAGGCAAGACAGGGGCGAAUAACAAAUCAUCUCGAUCGCAUGCUGUGCUUCAAGUCUUGUUGAAAAAGAAACAGACGCGCAAACUGCAUGGUAAACUGAGUUUUAUUGAUUUGGCUGGUAGUGAAAGAGGAGCAGACCGAGGUGAUGGUGAUACCAAGACAAGAUUGGAAGGAGCCGAAAUCAACAAGAGCCUGCUAGCAUUAAAAGAGUGCAUUCGUGCCUUAGAUCAAAACAAGAACCAUACACCCUUUCGAGGCAGUAAAUUAACUCAGGUACUCAGGGACUCAUUUACAGGCAACUCAAGAACAUGCAUGAUUGCUACUAUUUCACCGAACAAUGCCAAUAGUGAACAUACACUUAACACACUUCGUUAUGCAGACAGAGUUAAACAGCUGAGAGGUGAGUCUGAUCCUCGUCUGGUCAAUACAGAAGAACAAAAGACAGUCGAGCCAACAGAAGAUACGGAGAUGAGCAACCAUGAUAGUCAGAGUGUGACUACUUCUGAUGCUCAUUGGGAAGAUGAAGUAUCCGAGAACCUGUUUGAAGUUGAUUUCCCUACUGAAGUGACGACCAAUGCACUUGCUACACCUACUUCAGAUCGACAUUAUACAACCACAGAAGCAUCUCCUCAAAGACAAGAGAAAUACAUGAAGCGACUUGAGUCACCACCUGCUGAAGUAUUUUCAGAAAAAAUGGAAGAUCCGUUCUUUUCAACACCAUUAUCCAAGAAGCCCACAGAAGAAGUGCAGGAAUCUUUAUAUACACGUAUGCGUCGAUUUAUUAAUCUUCACCGAGCUCAAGUACAAGAAAUGGAAGGUUGUCUAAGAGAAGAGAAAAAGAUGAUUGCAACCCUCUGUCUUAAAGUAAAGAGCCAAUAUGAAAUACCAGACGCAUUUGAUCAUCAAGAAGAAGAAGACCCACAGACACGCGAUGAUUUCGAGACUUAUUUAAAUGAUUUGGACGAUAUUUUGGACAGAAAACAAACUGUAUUGAAUGUUGUAAAAAACAAACUUAAAGAUGAGCUUGUCGAAGAUGCUUAAAUAAUAAUAGGGCGUUUAAAUUUAAAUUCUUUCUUUUUU